CAUUCCCACUGCAACAAAUAUCUUUAAAUUGCAGUAGCACCACAAAGAGCCCAACUAAAAGAAACAAAGCGGAAGUUGAGGAAGGAAAAAGGAUCAUGUCUGCUCAACACCCAGAAGUUCCCGGGGAGCCGACGCCAACCAGAGUGAACAUCCUUGAGAGAGCCACAGCUACCGUUCAACCGUUUGGCCCCGUUAAGAAGAUCCAUCAGCACCUCUGCGCAUUCCAUUUUUAUGGAGAUGACAUGACUCGCCAAGUAGAAUCCCACCACUACUGCGCGCACCAGAACGAGGAAAUGCGACAAUGUCUUAUAUACAACAAUUCUGAGCCGGACGCUCAUCUUAUUGGGGUGGAGUACAUCAUAUCUGAGGGCCUCUUUAUGACUCUGCCGGACGAGGAGAAGCCGUUGUGGCAUACCCAUGAGUUUGAGGUGAAGAGUGGGAUUUUAUUCAUGCCUGGAGUUCCUGGUCCGAUACAGAGGCAGGAUCAUGAGAAAGUUUGCAAGACUUACGGCAAAAGCAUCCACUUCUGGCAUGUUGACAAGGGUGACAAUCUCCCUCUUGGUAUACCUCAAGUGAUGAUGUCCUUCACUAGGGACGGCCAGCUUAAUGAGAACCUUGCUAGAGAUGUGGAGAAUCGCUAUGGGAUAUCUUUCGAGAAGGAGAGGGAGAAGAGAGCCUACAUGAAAGGUCCUGAUCUCGGAAUACAUCCACUGGCCAAUGGUGCAGGAAAAGGGGUGAAGACUCUGCUGAGAGAGGUGGAUUGCAAGCCUAUAGAGUCUGUUCCAAGGGUGUUCGUGUGAGACUCAUCUAUAGAAAUAUGGUUCGUCCUGUGUAGAUGCAGGUGCAUAUACAGUAUGUUAUGAAAUAGUGCUUAUAUGGUAUAUAUUUUGGGUGCCUGCAACUUUCGUUAAUUAGUACAAGUAUCUCUCCAAAAGAGAGAAUAUCAGUAAGGUUUUGUGUGGUGGUAUAUAUAUCUAUGUUUAUCACAAUAGACAGACACUUAUUCAGGUGUUUUUAGUCGCAUGUUGUUUACAAGUUAUGCUCAGCUCUUUUUUUAGCAGUCAUGUAGUAAGUUCAGUAAAUGUGAGUUUUUGGAUGAAUAAUAUUGCAUUUUUGGGGCA